UUUUUUCGUUGAAUUCUCUAUUUGUAGUUUGAUUGGUCUAUUGUAGCUAAGAGUUGAAAAAAAAAGAAUUAACCAAAACGAUGACUGAUGGACAAGGAAUACCAAUGCAGCAAACUGGUUACACUCCCGUGCCAGUGGUCGCAGUUCAACCAGCACCUACGAUGGAGACCACAACAACGGUUGUUGUAACUCAGCCAACUGAAAUUGAAUGGGGUUCUGGCAUCUGUUACUGCUUUGACGAUAUCAAGAGCUGUUGCUGUUCUCUAUGGCUUGGAAAUUGUUUCUAUGCAUGCAUUGCAAAACGUAUGGGAGAUAACUGCUGUGUAGGUUGCAGUGGAUAUCCUGCUGGAUGUGUUCCCGGAGGUCACUUAGCUAUGAGAUCGGCAUUCAGAAAUAAACACGGAAUUCAGGGUACAAUAUGUGAUGAUUGCUGCAUCUCUACUUUCUGCCUUCCAUGUGGAAUGUGUCAACUUUCUCGCGAAAUGGACCGAUACGGAUAUCCAGAAACCAACUCGUGUUGCUAGUUAUCUAAUAGUGGAAAUAUUUACAUAAAUACUGUAAUAUGUACUAUAUAAACUUCUUUCAAUGCAAAGUGGCUCAAAAUGCAUUACGUUAAUACAUGUUUGAAUAAAUAGUCGCGUACACAUUUCUGGCUGUCAUAUAAAUAUAGGUAGAUUUCACGUUUUUCGCACAUAUUUAUGAGUAGUAUAGAAGUGAAAGUUUGUGACUUCACGAUAUAAUAUCAUAAUUGUGGUAUUUUACACGACGAUAAAAUUACUGUUGCAUUUUAUUGGAUGCAUUGUAUAAUAAUUCCUCUAAUAAUCCCAUAAAAUGCCAUAAUAAAAAAAAUGCAAGUUUAAACAUUAUAUUUAGUCAUAACUUUAUUUAAAUACAGAUUUAAAUACACCCAUCCUCCUCUUUACUGGUGCUUAUUAUACAAUACAUUUUAGGUUAGAUGGUCUAGAAUUUGGAUUUCGAUAUAAUCUUCUAUUGUUGAAAAUCUCCCAAAGCGAUGACAUUCAAUUUACAUGACAAGCCACUGCUGUCGAAUAAAUUCUCUGAAUUUGAAAAAUACGAUUUUGUUGUCUGUAUUCUACGCUCACAACACGGAGCCAUUGAAUUAUACGGAAUCCGUAAGAUACUGAAUAAGUAUCUUAAAAAUCAUUCCGCUUGUUCAAUUUCGUAGAAAAAAUGCCUGUAUUUGGCGCCCUCGUGCGUAUACAAAAUGUCAUACCAAUAUUGCUUCCUGCCGGUAUAAUACAAUCAUCGUCAAAUCAGGGAGAAGAAUAUUGCAUUACUGAAUGAUGUUUCAAAAUACGUAUUCAUUGUUAUAUUAUUCGAUUGAACAUUUGAAGUAUACCUGGUGAACGCGAACCGUCAGUUAAAUUUUGGGUGCUUCCGAAGUAUGUGAACCAAGAUAGUGGGAACCGGAACGUAGUAUGUGUACCAGGUUAGGAUUGGGCAAUACUUUCAGGUACAAAUACUACGGGAAUCACUUGGCUAGUCCUCGAACUCGUAAUAGAACUAAAAUACAAAAAACUAGCAUAAAAUUAUGACCUAACCUUAACCUGGUACACAUACAGGGUUCGAGUGUCCGCCAUCAUGGUUCACAUACUUCGGGUACCUUAAUUUUUAGGGUUAUUUUGAAAUGAAAAGUCAUGUAUCAAUAUAUCAAAUAUAAAAAAUCAUAGACUGCGAACGUUUGCAAGUUAUCUUCUCCAAAUAUUUAUGGUCCCAUGAUAUAAUUCAAUACGAUGCAAUAAAACUUGAAUUACACUGGAAUUUUGAUUUAUUAAA